AUGGCCAACCUCACUGCCACUAUAAACCCAAGUAAUAUCUCGUGGCACCAAGAGGCCGUCUCUCUCUCCCACGUCUCCUUGCAAGUCCAGGAAGUCUACCCCUUCCACGACGGCUGGAACGUGGCGUGCUUCGUCAUCCUCCUGCUCUUCAUCCUCACUGUCCUGUCUCUGGCUGCCCUGGCCGUGCUCUACGAGCUACUUGACUGUGGGUGCUGCGCCAAAGAGAAGACACAUCACCAGCUACAGGAGGAGGGGCCGGGGAGCUGCAGCAGGCUCAUGACCAGCAUUUGCAAGGAGCCAGAAUCGCACACUGAGGUGGUGUAA